AAAGAACUACAAGGCCCAAAAUGCACUUCAUCUUUUGAUCGGUUGCCAUGGUAGUCAACCGACACAACUUUGCCUGACUUGGGAUAAGCUAACCUUGGAAGGCAAAGAAUUGGCUGUUUAUUGGACGCGUACUUAGACCCACUUAGUUUUCCUCUAAAAGCUAUCUUUCAAAAACACGUCAGCGGUUUAUUUGUGUAUUGACACAAUGGAGGACGAAUUACAGGAGCAGCAACUUCUUACGAUUCCAGAGGAAAGCGCGGAGCCACUGGACAAACCAGAGACGUUAAAAGAACCAGAGGCGUUAAAAGAACCAGAGACGUUAAAAGAACCAGAGGCGUUAAAAGAACCAGAGACGUUAAAAGAACCAGAGGCGUUAAAAGAAAUCGUCGAAGUAAAGGAGGGGGUGUUAACCGAAGAAAUGGUGUGUGAAGGUUUAUCCCAUCUUGGACUUGAUCUGACCGGGCAGCAUCAAGUUCUGUGCCACCUAUCCAUACCUAAUCUCAGUCUUAUAGACAUAUCUUUGUUAUGCAAGUAUGUCAAUCUUGAAAAGCUAGAACUGCAACACAACAACAUAGAAGAUAUAUCCUGCCUGAACCACAUACCCCACCUUAUCUACCUGGAUGUGUCCCACAAUGAAAUCUCCAACUUCUUUCAAUUCCAGCCACUCCGGUACCUAGAGGUGGCAAAUUUCUCCCAUAACCGAAUACCAGACAUAAAGAAUCUGGCAGGCUUUCUCUGCCUGCGUCAGCUGAAUCUGGACUACAACUGUCUCUCUGAAGUCAGCGGUCUUACAGAUUGUUCUAUGCUCAACCAUCUCAGCCUGGCUUACAACAAAAUCUCAAAAAUCAGCAACCUGGACAAUUUGCCUAUUACAUAUCUCUGCCUGAAGGGAAACCAGCUUCACUGCGUUGAAGGGUUGGAGAAGUUACAGAACAUACAGGUUCUUGAUUUGUCGAGGAAUUGCAUCACCUCUCUUUCAGGAAUUCAGAAUCUCCGCUAUCUAUACUUCCUCAACUUGGAGAAUAACCAGAUUAUGGAAAUUGAAGAUCUAAAACAUGCCAUUGAUCUACUGAUGCUGUCAAACCUCAAUCUGCUGGAAAACCCUGUGCAGGAGCACCAUGACUACAGACUGAAAGUCAUCUUUCUCUACCGAGGUUUAUCAAUACUGGACAAUAAGAAAGUCACUGUUGAAGAAAAGGUGUCUUCACUGAACAUGUUUGGCCCUCCUAUGGACAUAGUAGCAGCAACAGAUCACAUCACAAACAUGGUUCACCAAAUGGCACAGCCACAGGUUCUCUAUCAAAGCACAAUGCCUACUCCAAACACCCCAUACCCAAUGCUGGUGGUGACGGGCCCUGAAGGCUGUAGGAAAGGAGACUUGGUUCGCAGACUGUGUCAGGAGUUUGGCAAAGACUUUGGUGUCGGCAUCUGUCACUCUACACGUCAGCCCUACCCUGAAGAGGAGAACGGGGUUGAUUAUCAUUUUGUCAGUGAAGACGAAUUUCAGAACUUAUUUCUCAUGGGUAAAUUUCUCCUGACCAUGCAUUACGGCAGCCAUCUGUUUGGCCUCAGCAGAGAUGCUAUAGAGGAAGUAGCAAAUUAUGGAGUGGUUUGUUGUUUACAUAUGGAGCUGGAGGGUGUUUUCAGUCUAAAGAAGACUUGCUUUAGGCCUCGAUACAUCCUGCUUAUACCCACGGAAAUAGAGACGUUCAUAACCCACAUGAAAAGCACUAAUCGUUACACCCAGUCACAGAUUGAUCUUGCAGUGCAACGUGUGCCCCUCUAUUCAAAAACCAAUGAAGAACGUCCAGGAUUCUUCGACAACGUCAUUCCAAGUGAUAACUAUGAAGAAGCUUACCAGGCCUUGGUGGAAAUAGUGAAGGACUACAUGUUUGUUGAGGAGCUGUCGGAGGACGAGGAGGAGGAGAAGACGAGAGAGGAGGAGGAGAAACCAAAGGAAGAGGAGGUGGAAAAAGAGAAGAGCAGCGUCGAGGAACCAGCAACACCGGUAGAAUCAGAGUCACUCCCUGGCCCAACCAUCGAAACCAGCUUAGCUAAAGUCCAGGCAGAUUCCAGCUGUCAAAAAACAUUGAUUGAGCUUGCCUCCUUGAGGAAGCGAGAGGAGCUGGCGAGGGAAGCUGUUGUUGGAAAGAAACCAGGGUUGCACAGCCACCUCUUCAAACAGUACAGCCAAAAUGCGGCGUCAGCGGAACGUGAUCAAGAUCCUGGUACCCAUACUCAGGAGAUUAGCAGCUCAGAAGUAUCUCGUGCCGCCUCAGCUUUAGAUGUUCCCGUGUCACUCGGUGGCACUGUUGAACCUCUAGAGAGAACCCUAUUGGAACACACCACAGAAAUGCUCAACGAUUGCAAUAUGGGUCCAUCCUGCCUCCAGUCUAGCCUGGACAUAAGAAUCGUGAAGUCACGCCACCUGAGACACCUUGAAUCUACCCAUAACGGCCCGUCGAAAAGAACGAAGGAGCAAAUGUGGAGGGAUGAUUUUCAUAGAAGAUUUAGUUGUUGUUUUUUUUUAAACAAAGCAGAAAAUAUUUGAAAGUAGUUUGUAUUUCAAAAAUGAAAAUGUUCUUAGUUAGCAUUACCUUGGGAUUUAUUCUGUUCUAUUUUUUGUACUUUCCCAGGUGUGUUUUGUUUAGAGAUGCAUUAUAGACAGAUAUGUCUGUGAUUCGUUUAGACUGUAAGAGCAAGAAAAUCUGCUGAUAAGACGGAAGGAAGAAAAUAGUACUAUAAUGCUACUCUUGUUUGUCUUGUUGAGCUUUCACUGUCUGUCAUUCUGGAUUUGGAAAUAUUGACAGGCUUUUAUAAAUCUCAGAGUUAAGGUAGUUUUAUGUUUAGUAGGGAAUACACACAAAACUGCUGCUUCUACUUGUUAAUAAAAGAGGCUAAAGACAGUUUAAA